AUGGAAGAGGUUUCGGAACCUACGGUAGAUCCUCCACCGAAGGCCGAGAACGGAGGAGGAGAACCAUCGGAGGAACCGUGUAGCAAGAAGGCGAAGGUUGACGAAAUUGAUAAACCGGAGGCGGAAUUGAAACGAGUGGCGGAGAUUGUUUUGGUUUUAUCAACGAUGGCGACGAUGCGAGGUGGAAAUAAGCCGACUGACGUGGAGGUUGAGCUCAUGAGAGAGGCCCGGAGUAAGCUCGCAAUUCUCUGCCAGGGGAUUGCUCCCAAGGAUAUUGUUGCUCGUGAAGCUGUUGGUGCCGUUAUUGAGGAUCUCGGUUUGAACGCUAAGGUUGGGGACCAGAGGUUAGGGUUUCGUACUCCUAAGAUGUCCAUUUCCGAGAAGUAUGCGUUCAAUAAAUCGAAGAUGGAGGAAUCAAAGAAAUUACUAUCUGCAUCUUCUACAACAUAUACACCUCAACCCUUGCAAACAAACACCGGUGGAAUGGUUGACAAUCGUGUUCCAACAAAUGCUGUUCGAAUGUUAUCGUCUGAUAAAUCAACCCACAUGGCAGUAACAUCUUCUGUUUCGAUGGUGUCUAUUCCUCCCCAUCUUUCUGCAGGAGCUUCUGCAGCAUUGCAAUAUCAGUCAACCAGCAAUGAAGUCAGACCGCCCAUUGUUUCUGGUGUAAUGCCUAGCAGUCACAUGGGAAGAAAUCCAUCUCCUGUAGCAUUGCCUAGAGUUGAAAACCCACAGUUUAAAGUUACUGGAGGAUUGAGUGGGGCUCCUUAUGUGCUUCAGGUCCAAGCAAAUUCAUUGGCAAACCAAUCAUUGGUGAAUGCUCCUACAUGGUCAAUACAGACUCCACCUGUGUCAUUAGCUAGAAGUGUAUCAGAAAACAAGGCGCCUACUCAUAAUCCUCCCAAGGUGGAAGGAACUGCUGAUGCAACUGUAUCGAGAGCAGGUCCACAAGUAGCAAAUGGUCAGAGCAUUAGACCAUUUAUUACUCAAACGGGACCUGGAAAUAUGUCUAAUAUGCACCAGCCAUUGCAGGGUGGGAACAUGGUUCAACCUCCUUCGAUUCCUAGUCACUCUGAUAUUGCAAAGAUUGUCCAGAAAUUAUUACUACCAAAGCUUCCUGAACAUCGCACAUGGACUCCUCCGUCAAGGGAUUAUAUGAAUAAGGCUUUCACAUGUCAGACAUGUGAGCUCACUGUCAGUGAGGUUGAUUCUGUUCUUCUCUGUGAUGCUUGUGAGAAGGGAUUUCACUUAAAGUGCCUGCAGCCAUCAGUAAUUAGAGGAAUUCAUAAUAGAGUUGAUUGGCACUGCACGAGAUGCUUGAGUUUAAGCGGCGGAAAGUCUUUGCCUCCAAAAUAUGGCCGUGUGACAAGAUCUUCAAUUACAUCACCAAGUUUUCCCUCUAAUACAGUUAUUAUUCAACCAUCUUCAGAGAAGAAACCAGAUAACUUAGAUCUAAAGGUCAGCCCGCAAAUUUUUACAUCAAAUGGAAACUCUGUUCCAACUGUUUCCAGUGCCAAUCACAGCACUGAGCCGUCAUUUGACUCAAAUAUCCCAGAUACAAGAGAUAUACAAGGUUUCAACAUUUCAUCUAGCAUUGAAACCAUUGAAGAGAAACCUGAUCCAAGCAUAUAUAUGAAAUCUGCAGCUUGUAGUGUUUCCACUGGCUUGCAGGGUGAAAGUUGUAAUGAACAAAUAGAUUCAAAGGCUUUGACCUGUAAAAAUAUUUCUGAAUCAGAAACUCUUCCUAAAUCAUCUGAACCGGCUAAGUGUGAAAAUUUGCAAUCAUCACAGGAUUCUCAAAUUGAGACGGCAGUGUCACAGGACAAUGCUGAAAUAUCACCAGAUAGACAUGAUAGCAGUAGUUUUAUGACUAGUAAUCAAAAGGAAUCUCAUGGAGGAGAAAAUAUAACUAACGAUAUCAAGCACGAUGAUUUAGAUGUUGCACAAACAACUUCUGUCGGAAGUUCUGGAACUAAUACUGAAGGUAUUCUGCACUCUGCUUUAUCUUCAGAUAGCUCACAUGCUGUAGAAUGGAUUGGUGAUGUUGUACAACUUGUAGAUGAGAAAAAGUAUUACCAAUCUUGCUGCAUUGAUGGAGUAACAUAUAGGCUGCACGGUCAUGCUUUUUUCACAUCUAACCAUGGCAAACUGACACCUUCUAAACUUCAGUCUAUGUGGGAAGAUUCCAAAACUGGGAUGAAGUGGGUAAAGGCAACAAAGUGCUACUUUCCUGAUGAUUUGCCGGGAAAUAUUGGUCAUCCUUGUAUAUCUGAAGUCAAUGAGGUUUAUGAAUCUAAUAGUGAUAGAAUUGAAAUGGCUAGCUCUAUCCGAGGCCCUUGUGUAGUCCUUCCAUAUGAUAAAUUUAAACAAGAAAAUGACAGAAGAUCUCAAUUUGGAAUUGAGGCAAGUGUUAGUGUACAGCCCAUUUUCCUUUGCAGGUGGUUUUAUGAUGAAAUCAAAAAGUCAUUUCAACCCGUUAUCAGUUGA